GUUAUAGAUCAUGCUCAAGCACCCACCCCUGAUUCGCAUGAAGAAUUCCUUGGAGGAUAAGCGGUCUAACUUUUUAGAAGAUGGAAGAAGAUCCAGUAUCGAACAGCUCUCCAAAGUGUCCACUUUCGGAACAAUGCUCGAAAAUGUUCGUGCUUUGGCCUCCUCCAGGGGUCUAUGGGAUGACGAGAUGCAACGAGAUCUGCCCAAAAAGUGGGAAAAGCAUGGUGAUAUGAUCGUAUUCCCACAAAACUCCUUCACUCAUAAUAAUUGGAGAUACAUAGGCCGAGAGCUUUGGCGAGUUGUUGCCGAGUCGCUAAACAUCGCUCGUCUGGGACGGAAGCGUUUUAUUGGCGACGAUGAUGAGAGAACUCCACAUGUAGAUCUCUUAUACGGUCCACAUGGAUGGGUUGAACAUGUGGAUGAUCAUGGAAUAAGAUUUAUCUAUGAUGCUUCAAAAAGAGUUUUUAACAAUAAGAAAGUGCCAGAAAUGCAGCGGAUAUCUGAAUGGGAUUGUCAUGGCGAAACUGUUGUGGAUAUGUAUGCUGGUCUCGGCUACUACUCUCUCCGAUUUCUCGUUUGUUGUGGAGCUAAGCAAGUGAUCUCAAUCGACUGGUCUGACGAUAUGUGCGAAGCACUCAAGAGAACAGCCGAGGCUAACAAUGUUCAAGACCGCAUGGUCAUAAUCGAGGGUGACAGCAGAAGGGUAACCCCUUGCUCGGUGGCCGACCGAGUAUUCCUCGGUCUGAUACCGUCCUGUCGAGCUCACUGGCUGACAGCUUGUAAAGCGCUCCGACCAGAAGGUGGAAUGCUUCAUAUACAUGAGGUGUUGGAUGUCAGUAAUCGAGAAAUUCCGAAGAAACCAAAACUCGUCAAGCAGUUGCCCAAACUACAGUCAGUUGAAGAGGAAGGUUCAGCAAAAGAAAACAAACCAGCAUUGACAAAGAGCACUUCUAUGUCUGUCGACAAAAACAGCGAGAUCGUAGAAAAAGAGCCGGUGAAGAAACAGCUGUCACGAUCGCAAUCUAUCGUUGAAGAGAUUGAAAGUCGGGUUCUGCCUGCACCAAGGGUGCUAAAAGACUUUGAAGAAGGAAAGUGGAAAAACUUGUCAAAACCUUAUAAAGACUUUGCAAUCGAAUGCGCAACAAAGUGCACUCGAUUUCUAAACAAUAUCAAUCUCUCCGACACUAUGUAUUGCGUCACAAUUGUUAAUCUAACCAAAUACGGUGGUACAACUAACAAAUCAGACCACGUUGUGCUUGAUCUUUUGUGCAGCUUAGAAGAUGCUCCUCUCGAGAAACUAACGGCUAAGUAUCUCUCCAUCAACCAUACGCAACCACAAACACCAACUAAAGCUUGAAAUUACUUUGUCUGUUGAUUAAGCCGUGUUGAGUUUGUUAAUGAUUUGGAAGUUCUAAUCCGAAUCGAUGUCAUUCGAAAGAUUUUGUAAUUUCGAAAUAUUCAGCGG